AUGGCAUUAUCGUCAUCAUCAACAACAUGUACAAAAUGGUACACUGUACGUCAAUUACGAAUCUUUCAAUUAUUAUUUGGUAUUUAUUUAACAAUUCAUUUUGCACAAUUAAUUCCUUAUGCAACAGAAUUAUUCGGUCGUGAUGGUAUGAUAGCUGAUCCACGUUGGAGUCCAACAUAUGGAUUUUUUCCAAAUAUUUUGAAUUUAAUUGAUCAUUCUUCGACAUUUUUAAAUAUUUUUUUAAUAUUUUUAUCGUGUUUAUCUGUUAUUUUUGCUUUACGCUUAUUUGUACCACGGAUCAUUGCUCUUGUUCUAUGGUAUGGUUGGGCAUGUCUUUUAAAUCGUAAUGUACUCAUUUCAAAUCCUGGUAUUCCUUAUAUUGGUCUACUACUAUUAGCAUUCAGUCUGAUUAAAUUUGAAAAACAAGAAGAAAAGCAUGAAAUUAAUACACAAGUUUUUCCUUGGUUAUAUUGGGGUGGAUGGACAUUAUAUGCUUUAGGUUAUACUAUAAGUGGUUUACAUAAAUUACAAUCAGCUAGUUGGAUUGAUGGUAGUGCAUUGCGUCAUGUUUUACAAUCUCCUUUAUCUCGUGAUAAUUUUCUAUGUCAUUCUUUACUUAAUAUGAAUCCUCUUGUUCUUCAAAUAUCUACUUGGGGAUCGCUUUUUGUUGAAAUUUCAUUUCUUCCUCUUGGACUUUUCUAUCAUACUCGUAAAGUAUAUUGGCUUGCUUUUCUUGCUCUUCAUCUUGGAGUUUUACUUGUUGUUAAUUUCACUGAUCUUACAUUAGGUGUUUUAGCUAUGCAUUUCUUUUUAUUCGAUCCACGUUGGUUUUUUACCGUAAAUACUUCAUCACUUCAUACAAAAUUACAAUAA